AUGUGUGACAGCUUUUCAGAGGAAGGUUGUCAUGUAGUUACGUCAAAAAGUAACUCAGAAGAAACAGUUUGCAGUUGCAAUCAUUUGACGCAUUUUGCUGUCUUACUGGACUACGACGGUAGCACAAAGGUAAUAAAGUUAUUUUUGCCUUACUUAAUAGUUUUAUGGGCUCAAUGAACUAACUCAAUGUUGUCCUUUAAUUUUUCUUUUCUUGACACAGCUCACCGAGGAGGACGAAACAAUUCUGAAAGUUGCCACCUACGUGGGGCUGAGCCUUUCCAUAAUCGGGAUACUUUUAACAUUAAUACUUUCUUCUUGCCUCACGUAAGCAAUGCACUCGAUUAAUAAUGAGGUAGAUUCUUAACUCUCCUCAACAAGGCUGGUGAUAAAAGAGAUCUCAAUGCCAGUCUCCAUGCAAACAAGAACAGUCAUGUCGGAUUAUUCACAAACUCAAGCUACAUUUCAUGCCCCAUCACGAACUUUUGAACAACUAAUGGUUUCACUUUUUAUGAAUUUUUUAGGCUUUAGACAUUUUCUUCGCAAUAUUUUCUUUUUUUUGUCCUCUCUGGAGCUAUUUACUGACUUACUUCUUUCCUUCGCUGUCAAGAUUUAGUUAAUUUUUUGCCAUUUUUUCCUGUGUGUUGUUGCUUUUGUCUCAUUCAUUCUUCUUGUUUUUAAUAUUAUUUUACCAGAGAUGUUCGUAAACCUCUCUCUCAAAUUCCACUUAGUGUUUCUAUGUCCCUUGGAGCUGGACAGAUCAUCUUCCUCGCUGGAAUAAACGCCACAGGAAACAAAGUCAGUAGCCUCUCCUUCUAUCCAUAG